AUGGAGUUCAUAGUCAUCUCUCUGGUGCUUGGUGGCAUGGCCUUCCUUGCUGGGGUGCCAUUGAACUUCUACAUCCUCUUUGUCGCCGGCUGCCGUAUGGGGAGGACGGCCAGCACCGUGUGGUUCCUGAACCGGGCCGUGGCCGAUUUAAUCUUCAUCGUCUUCCUGCCCCUCAGAUACAUCUUCUUACUGCGCUUAAACUGGGCCACGAAGCUGAGCAGCACCAUCACCUCCUUCCACAUGUUCUCCAGCGCCUUCCUCCUCAUGGCCCUCAGUGUCGAUCGCUGCAUCCUCGUGGCACGCCCUGAGUGGGCCCGGAACCACCGCACGCCCCGCCUGGCUUUCAUGAUUGUUUUGGUCAUAUGGGCCCUGUCUCUUGGGUUCAGUUUGCGGUACGUUGGUCUCUUGGGAUCCCUCACCCCACCUCGGCACAGUACUGAUACAGAUGAAGGCAGGGUGAAGGCCGCCGUUGCGAUCCAGUUCCUGGUUGGGUUUCUGAUCCCAUUAGCCUUGAUCUUAAUCCCAACCUUCUACAUUGUUCUAGCUGCCAAGUUGAGGAGGAAGAGGCUGAUCCAGUCCACCAAGCCACUCAAGAUCCUCCUUGGUUUGAUCCCAGCCUUUUUCCUCUGCUGGCUGCCGUAUCACGUCUCCUUGCUGCUGAUUUUAGAUACAUACCAUCCACCUCAUCUGAUGAGGACGGUAAUUGUUUUUACUUCAGUCCUGACAUAUUUCAGCACUUGGCUCAACCCCAUCUUCUACCUCACCAUGGAGGAAGAGUAUCUAAGGUACCGGCAACAUGCACGCAACCCCCAAACCACUGACAACUUGGGUCCGGAGCCGGCUGAAUAG